CUCGACCCAUCGUCAACUGCACUCGCAUUCUCCCACCGGCCACUCGCUAUUGAGCAGCAUGUCGCACAAUCGCGAAUCAUUUGGGGGUAUGGACUACCAGUGGGAAAAUAAACAUGGCCCUGUCAACCCGCAAUCACCCUUCGUCACCGCCGUCCAGCAGCCCGCAAAGAAGCGCACACACUCCGUCUUCGAUUCGCCGUCCAAGAGCGGCGGCUUCUCUACCCCGAACUGCCCGCAGCUGCGCGAACCGAAUUCGCAACACCACUUUUUCUCGCAGCAGAACAAGCCGCCCCCUUAUAUUCCGGCGCACGUUCAAAACUCGAAGACGUGGGAGCCGCGGACACCGGCCAGCGUCAUCGACUUUAGCUCUGGCGGAGAGACGCCGAAUACCCCCGCGCAAGACAGCGACGCAGCGACGCCCGACACACAGAUGGCGAGCAAAAUGGGUAGGUUGAUGUCUGGCGACGGCAAGGGCACUCCCAAGAAGAGCCGUCGAGAGUCUAUCAUGAAUUGGGUGCGGUCCAGCCCUAGCCCGUCGAAGGAGAAGGCGAAGGACGACUCGCGGAAUUACUACUCCAAGAAAGCAGAGCAUCGCAUCAUGAAGCGGCGGUCAAAGAAGUCAAAGGCGGCACUGCGCGAUGAUGAUUCGGACAACGAGCAGACGGGCAACAAUAACGCAUCAGCGUUACAAGAGAAGCCCCCGCUAGGCUUCGCUGCCCACAUCCCCGGCGUGCUGUCCUGGGUCGAAGCGCAUCCGCACCUCCCCGCCGUGCUGUCCUUCUACAUGCAGUUCAUCGUCAAUGCAGCCAUCGGCUUCAUGUUCCUGUACAUUAUCUACGCAGGCUGGUCCGCCGUCACAAACGACAUCAACAUCGAAGCGGACAAGAUGUCGCACGACAUCCUGCACGAAAUAGCGCUCUGCGCAAAGGACUACAAGGACAACUACUGCGGCUCCAAGGGCCGCGCACCCGCGCUGGAAGCUGCCUGUCUCAACUGGGAGACGUGCAUGAACCGCGAUGCGAAGAAGGUGGCCCGCGCGAGCGUCGGCGCGAAGACGUUCGCGAUGAUCUUCAAUGCCUUCGUUGAGGAGUUCAGCUACAAGUCCAUGGUAUUUGUUGCCCUUUUCCUAGUCCUCAAAGUCCUGCUAGCACGGCUAGUUGCGGUCGAGAUGGCGCGAAGCUCGGGACUGCUUCGACGGGAUCAAACUCAAGCUCGAGCUCGCCAGGAGCGUGAAGAGCACGCCGAUGACCUCCCCCAAUCCCAGUCCUCCACCUACACCCCUCCCCGCAUCGAACCCGCAGAGCGCACAGGAUUCGCUGACCCAAUCAUCGCUGAAAACGAAUAGCUCUUCACCGCGAUCAUCAUCUUCGGCGGCUUCAACCUGUCGAAUUGGGCCUUUGGCUUCAUCCGCGAAAAACACCAGCAUCCCCACCAGCAACCACAGCACCAUGACUAUCCGCCCCCGCCCGCAACCCCCCAGCGCUACCCCAGCGGCGGCUUUCUCGAGCAUCAGCAGCAGGGCUGGCAUACACCCUAUCACACGCCGUAUGGCAGCAUGAACCAGCACAUGGUGCAGCAGGCGAGCCAGAGCCUGCCCGCGCUGCCGAGUACGGUGGAGGACGGGAGUGUGAGUCUAAGGGAGGGGAGGAGGAGUCCGAGUAAGAGGGGUUUGUUUAGGUGAUUGCUUUGCUCGGGUGACUCUCCUCUCGCUUCUCGCUUCCCCCGCUCCCCUCUCUUUUUUGGAUCGCAUGGGCAUGGCGCGGUGAGGGAUUCUUUCUUCGCGUUUGAGAUUUUUCCUGUAUAUGGAUGAAUAUGGAUAUGGAUAUGGAUAUUAUUACAUUGAUG